CGGCAGUCAACAGUUAUCUUUCGACAUCACCAAGCUGAUAGAACAAAAGCGGAUCUACGAGCGCAUUCAUCAUCGUCUUGAGAGUACUGGCGAAGCUAAAAUCGUUUCCUGCGGUGUCCAAACUCCUUCUCUUGAAUUUUUAUUUACAGUGAGGACGAGGCAUGAGGCUCCGUCUCGCCUCGAGCAGCUCCCCUCUCCGCAGAAUGUCGCGAAGAUCUUCAACUUACUGCUUGUACGGCGCUACCUUCAGCGCCCUCUUGCUCGUGGGCGUCUUGGUCUACCAAGAAGAUUUAAUGACCGUAGUGCAUGAAUACAGCACCAAUCCGAGUCCUAUCCCAAAUUGUUCCGCUGACAAGCACUUAGAACCGUGUAUACCAGCGGUGGACGUUUUCCCGCCAGAGCUGGGCGCCCAGGAGCAGCUGGGCGCCGUGGAGGGGCUGGGCGCCGUGGAGGGGCUGGGCGCCGUGGAGGGGCUGGGCGCCGUAGAGGGGCUGGUCAAGCUGGAUGUGGAGGAGGAGGAAAAGCCACAGGGUACGCAAAAAAUAAUGUGGGAUCCAGGAUUUAAUGGCAUCCCUCAAGACGAUCCUGAUCUCAUCGCUUACAUUCGCGAGUUCCUUCUUGAACCGCCCGCUGGCCACUAUAACCUGGAUGAACCCUACUUAACCGACUUCUCUGAAUUUGGACAGUCUAUUAAAGUAGACCAAAUACUUCAUAAGAUGAGUGGCGGGUUCUUCCUAGAGGCGGGCGCCGCUAACGGGGAGGCGUAUAGCAACACACUCUUCGCCGAGCGGGAGCGCGGGUGGAGGGGCGUGCUGGUGGAGCCCGACCCGUAUAUCUACCAGCAGAUGAGGACCAAGGGCCGGAACGCUUACACUAUCAACACCUGCCUUGCUCUCAAGCCUACUCCACACAUGAGCUACUUCCAACGAGACGUACUCGACGAGGGACGCCUCACUGACACCGAGACGGAGCUCCAGCUGCAGUGUCUCCCUCUCUACUCCAUCCUUCUGGCGCUCAACGUUACCACCGUUGACUACCUCUCGCUAGACCUUGUCGGCUACGAACUCCAGGUGCUGCAGACUAUACCGUGGGACAAGAUGAGAGCGAUGGUUAUCUCGGUCGAUUUCUACCACAACAACUUAUACCAGUCAUACCAGACGAUCGAGAACUACAUGGUCGCUCAAGGCUACGUCGCCCUCAACAGUGACUCCGACUUUCUCUUCGCACACCCUCAGCUGAUGAUCGAGACUAUCAAUAACAUCAUCACCGGCCGGAGACACUGACUGUAGAGGAGGAAGGGAAGGUCUGAGGCGCUGCAGGAACUCCACAACCUGUGCCAAUUAACUUUACACCUCCUAUGUAAGCAAUGUUGUAACUAGUCCUGUGAAUAAAACUGAAAUUUAACAAAUAAAACGGGUGGUAGGAGACAAUAUGUCAAUCCUAGUGAGGAUCCUUCAAGGCUCCCACGGGUGCAGCAUAGUCUCUUCUGUCUUCUCCUGUCAGAGUAAAAGAGAUAAUGUAUGUGAAUUCAUGUGUGUGUGUGUGUGUAUAUGUAUGUAUAUAUGUAUAUGUACGUAUGUGUGUUUGUUUGUAUAUGUAUGUGUAUAAAGUAUAUGUGGAA